ACUUCGCUUCCGACGAGGUAGUCAGUAAGGCAUACGACAAAUUUUUAACUGAAGAAAAUUACUUUUCUACAGUUUUAAUAUACAGCGCGACGAUUAACAGCGAGUUGGAGAAAAAAAUCCAAAGAUGAUCAGGCAGCUGGCUUUGUUGGCCGUUGCGGCGAUUUGCUUCGCCUCAGCGGUCAAAAUUGAGACUCGCACGGGUGACAAGGAUUUUGCAAUUUUGCAAAAAACCGCCUACGAGAUGCUCUGGCACGUCGAUCAACCCGAGAAGGUCCACAGCGAACUUUACAAAAUCGGAACCGGCUUCGACGUGAUGGCCAACAUCGACAAAUUCUCCAAAAAGGAAGUCGUCGAGGAAUUCUGGAGAUACUACAAGGACGGCAAGAUGACUCCGCGCGGUAAAGUCUUCGCUCCUUUCGUCGGCCCGGAAUAUAGGGAGGAAGCGAGGAUCGUCUUCAACUUAUUUUACUACGCCAACGACCUGAAGACGUUUUUCAACACCGCCGCUUGGGCUCGCACGCACCUGAACGAGGGAGUCUUCACGUACUGCUACUACCUAGCCAUAUUCCACCGUCCGGACACCAGAGAAAUCAACCUUCCGGCUCCCCACGAAAUCGUGCCACACUAUUUCUUCAACCACGACGUCAUCUCGGAGGCGCACGCCAUCAAAAUGGCCCUCAACCCCCACGAGGACACGGGCAAACCGAAAACCCACCUGAUCUACGCCAACUACACGAGACCGUACUUCGGAAGCAGCCAUCAAACAAAAAUGACCUACUUCACCGAAGACGUCGGCCUCAACAACUACUAUUUCUACGUUAAACACGAAUACCCGUUCUUCAUGGAGGGUGACGUACACUUCAAAACCACCAAAGCUUACCGAGGACAAUACUUCCUCUACUUCCUCAAGCAACUCGUCAACCGCUACUACAUGGAACUUCUGUCCAACGGUCUCGCACCCCUACAGCACAUCGAUUGGGAACAACCGUUCACCCAGGGAUAUUCGAGCGCACUCGCUUACCGCAACGGAAUAUUCUUCCCGCAACGUAAACCCUGGUCGACCGUGCCCGUAGAAAAAUACCAGUACCUCCAGAGGCUCAGAGAAUUGGAGUCGCGGAUCGCCGACGUCGCCAACUCCGGAUUCGUGUUCACGAAGUCCGGCGAAUUCCAAGCAAUCCCUGACGAGGAAGCGCUGAACGUGUUCGGAAACCUGCUCGAAGGAAACAUAGAUUCCCCCAAUCACGCGUUCUACGAAUCGGUCGGACUCUACGCUAGAAAGGUGCUUGGAUUCUCUCCGGAAUUCCACAAGAAAUGGGCAGCCAUACCGAGCGCCAUGGAGCACUUCCUCACCACCUUGAGGGACCCCGCAGCCUGGCAGAUGUUCGCCAGCCACGUCGACUUCUACACCAGAUUCCAGUCGUUCAGAGGCCCUUACCCCCACGAACAAUUGGAGAUGAAAAAUGUGAAAAUCGAGUCGGUGGCCAUCGACAAACUCACCACGUACAUGGACGGUUUCGACUCUUUGAUCUCAAAUUGCGUCAGAGUACACGAUCACAAAGACGCCGAAUCCGUAGUGAUAAAGGCUCGCCAACAACGGCUGAACCACAAGCCUUACUCUCUCCACCUGACCAUCACGAGCGACAUCAAGAGAGACGCGGUGAUCCGCGCCUUCGUGGGACCGAAAUUCGACCACUUCGGAAAUCUCGUGGACUUCAGCGACAGCUACCCCUACUUCUACGAGCUCGACUACUGGUUCGUCGAACUGAACCCUGGAACCAACAAAAUCGAACGCAAGAGCAUCGACGCAGCAUUGACCGUGGAGGACCGCUACUCCAGCGACGUGGAGUACAAGAAGAUAUUGGAGGGUGUUGAAUCCGGACAGUACGUUUACAACCAGAGAAUCUACGGAUUCCCGCGGCGUCUCGCCCUUCCCAAGGGUAAACCGGAGGGAAUGGAAUUCCGUUUCUUCUUCAUCGUGAACGACGUCGACCCCAAGACCGUCACCAAAGUACAAACGCGUCUCAGCGGUGAACUUACCCACGACGGCAGACCCUUCGGAUACCCGCUGGACAGACCGGUCCCCGUGAAUCCUCGCCAUUACGACAACAUGAUCAUCAAGGACGCUCCCGUCUACUUCAAGGACGAUCUCAACAGCAGCUUUUGAAUAAUUCGACGAUCGAACGAGAGGUCGACGGAAAUAAGAGAGGAAAAAUUCUUUCACCGCAUAAACGACCGCUGAAACCGAUCGACAAAGAAGACACCUGCUCUCCCGUGAUUAACGAUUUUUAUUAUUGGUUUGAAAAUUGUCAAGUAGUUUGAAAAUGUAGUAAUUUUAGUGGAUACGUAUACCUAUACGUAUUUGUUGUUUCUUUAUUUUUUUAUACUUAAUAACGAAUAAAA